AUGGUUCUUAGGAGUCACCCUUUCCCCAGGCAAGAGAGACCCCAAGGGAGAGCCCCAAGGGCAGCUCCCGAGAGCCCUAGAGAUCCCAGCACUUGUGCACCCUCUGAGAACAGAGAUUCUGGUUCUGCCCCUGAAGGGGCCGCCCCCAGCCUAGAGGUCAGGAAUGGCUCCUCAGGGGCAGACACAGAGGCUGGACGUCGGCAGCAGCAGAGCCGCUUGGAGACCAAGGAGGCUCCCACCCCAGAGCCUCCCUCAGGUCCGAGAGGAGAUGCAGUCGAGGAGAAGCGUGCAGAAGACCCUCUGUUGCCCGGAGCUGCAAUGCCCGGGGCCCCAUCACCGCGCCCUGAGCGGAGGCAGCCUGGCCCCCAACCCUCCCCCACUGGGAGGGGCGGCUCACAGCCGGUCCCGCCACCGCGGAAACGCAGCGCGGGUGAAAGAGCAGAGAGCUCCGAGCGCGGUGUCCGCCAGGCUGUGCCCGCGAGGCGCCAGGGAGAGGCUCCAGGGGAGAAGCCCCGCCCUGCAGGCAGCGGGAUAGUAGUCCCAGGAAAGCAGAAAGAGGCCCGCAAGCUCAUGGUGCUUCUGCAGAGGCCGGGGAGCGGGGGGGAGGUGGAGGGGCCCCGGAAGCCCAGCUCCCUAGCCCGCGAGCCGGCUUCGGCAGCAGCUCUACGACAACGCCUGGACCUGGGCAACUGCCUGGACGUCCUGGCCUUCGCCCAGCGGCACGCGGAGCCCGGCCUGCUGCAGGAGACAUAUUCCUUGAUGAGCGACAAUCUGCUGCACGUGCUGGGAGACCCGAACCUCUACCGGCAGCUGAGCGGGGCGGACCGAGAGCGCAUCCUGAGCCUUCGGACUGGCCGGGGCCAGGCGGUGCUGGGGGUCCUCGUGCUGCCCAGCCUCUACCGGGUGAGCCGCUCAGGGCUCACCAGGGGCCCUUGUGGGGAGGAGGCUCCUACUCCGGGGCCUGCACCCCUGCCUCCCCGCACGCACCUGCACGUGUUCAACCCCCGAGAAAACACCUGGCGGCCCCUGACUCAGGUGCCGGAGGAGGCCCCGCUGCGAGGCUGUGGUCUCUGCACCAUGCACAACUACCUAUUCCUGGCGGGGGGCAUCCGUGGCUCCGGGGCCAAGGCCGUCUGCUCCAACGAGGUCUUCUGCUACAACCCACUGACCAACGUCUGGAGCCAGGUGAGGCCCAUGCAGCAGGCCCGUGCCCAGCUCAAGCUGGUGGCUCUGGACGGACUGCUUUACGCCAUCGGUGGCGAGUGCUUGUACAGCAUGGAGCGUUACGAUCCGCGCACGGACGCCUGGACCUCACGCGCGCCCCUCCCUGCGGGCACCUUCCCUGUGGCCCAUGAGGCUGUGGCCUGCCGUGGGGACAUCUACGUCACCGGGGGCCACCUCUUCUACCGCUUGCUGAGGUACAGCCCUGGGAAGGAUGCGUGGGAUGAGUGCCCCUACAGCGCCAGCCACCGGCGUUCCAGCGACAUGGUGGCGUUGGGAGCCUUCCUUUACCGCUUCGACCUGCUGCGGGGCGUGGGCGCUGCGGUGAUGCGCUACAACACCGUGACCGGCUCCUGGAGCCGGGCGGCCUCCUUGCCGCUGCCCGACCCGGCCCCACUCCACUGCACCGCGCUGGGCAACACCAUUUACUGCCUCAACCACCAGGUCACGGCCACCUUUACGGUCUCCGAGGGGACUGCCCAGUUCCAGGCCAGGGAGCUGCAGCCCUUUGCUCUGGGGAAUAAGGGGGUCCUCUCUCCAUUCAUCCUGACUCUGCCUGCCACCGACCCACUGCAGACUGCCCUCUGA